AUGCCACCUUUUCACGAAGAGCAAAUCUUUCGACAACAAAUUGACGAGCAACAUAAAAGAUAUGCCAAACAGUCUAACGCUGCUGCCUCAAGUCGAACGCAACAUAAAUUGCAGUUGCAGAGACUAUCUUUUUUAACCAAUGAUAAAAACUAUCUGGACCACCCCAAAAAUAUGAAGCGAUUGACUAAAGAAAUUGACCGUGUUAAUCGUGAAUAUAGAUGUGUUCGAAGAUUUGAAGACCCUAUUCAGGAAUCCUUCAGGCGCUUAAAUGAAAGAAAAGCUAGCGUCAAUUCAACACAGGAUGCCCACCUUACCACUACAGCCACUAUAGCGUCCAAGGCUAUUCUUAGUAGAACAGAUAGUCAAAGCAGCAGUAGCAGUAGUAGUAAUAGCAGUAGUUUAUCCUCCUCCGCUGAACAGCAGAAUGGUUUUCUAGGUCGAUGGUUUGCUCAAGAAAAUACCACCAGUAGCUCAAUUAACAGUCAUUUGAACAACAGCCACAUCAUAGACUCAAAUGCUGUAGUCUAUUCAUUUCAUCCAACCAUUGCUAAUAGCAUGAAACGCAGAACAAAACAUUAA